AGCGUGCCAAUGCGAUGUUUUCACAGUGACAGACAAUUAGGUUUUCCUCGUUUCCUGGAUGUGCAAGACGUCCCAACGUGCUGAAAUAACCGCCGGUUAUAGCGGAGGCGGGACAAGAGAUUACCCUUCGUCCGCUCAUUCAGCAGCGAUGACGCAGAACGCAUUCGAUAUAUAAGCGGGCACAAGUUAACUAGUGAGCACGCAGCGUCUGCGAGAGAGUAAAAGACAUCUACGUACUACUCUACCAUGAAGGGUCUCUUUGGCGUUGCUGUUCUGGCCGCGGUUGUUCUGUUGGCGUCGGCUUAUCAUCUGGAGUUGUGCAAAAAAGACGACCAAACACUCAAGGGUCUGUUGAAGUGUCAGCGAGACCAUGCCACAGCUGAAUUGAAGACGAAGAUCGACCGUGCGGACAGACAACUCCAGUGCGACAGUGAGUUCUGCAGCGUCCGUAAGCUGUGUGCUCAACCUAACUUCGAGACCGCUCUGAAGAGGUUCUUCACUGAGAGUGAAAUCGAAGAAUUGUACGAAAUCGCAAAUCACUGCGACCGUGACAGCCACGUCCACCACCACUGAGUCGAGGGCCUCAAACGAAGUACACCCGAAGAGAGGUCAAACCAGCCUUCGAAGAAUAACAAGGCCACGAAUACUUGAGUGUAUGCUGGUCAUUGAAUUCGAUUUAUUAAUAAAGUGUCGUCGACGAGUGUCGGCAUGUCGGACUAAAGCGGAAA